AUGCCUGCUGGAUUCCCUCCUAAGCGAUCGUAUUCCCGCACCGAUGCUGCCGUCCGUGUCGAGUACCCCGAGCAUCAUGAACUUCCCGCCAGCAAGCCCUUGAUUGGUCAAGGUGGACAGUUCUCCAAGCCCACUCUAGCUUCUCUUUCCCUUGAAGGCAAGACAAUUGUCAUCACUGGGGGUGCAAGAGGCCUCGGCCUUGUCAUGGGCCAGGGAGUAGUCUAUUCGGGCGCUCAUCUAGCCAUCGUCGAUUUGAACAAGGACGAAGCACAGUCCCAAGUAGGCCAAUUGACAGAUGCUUUCAAGAGAGAGAAUCCCAACAGCGAGAAAAUCCCGAGAGUUACUGCCCACUAUGCAGACGUCUCUGACCCCGACUCGGUAACAAAUUGUAUCACCGAGAUUCUCAAAAUUCAUCACAAGAUAGAUGGUCUAGUUACAUCGGCUGGCUUCACUGAGAAUUUUGAGGCAAUCAACUAUCCUAUCGAUCGUAUGCGAAAGUUAUGGGGUGUCAAUGUUGACGGAACCUAUCUCUUUGCAGUUGCUGUCGCCAAGCAUCUCAUGGAGCGUGAGGUGCCUGGUAGUAUUGUGGUUAUUGGAAGCAUGUCUGGUGCCAUUGUUAACGUACCACAGCCGCAAGCACCAUAUAACGCGGCCAAGGCAGCUGUUCGACACCUGGCUGCUUCCCUUGCAGUGGAGUGGGCUCACGCUGGAAUCCGAGUAAACUGUAUCUCUCCUGGCUAUAUGUUGACCGCUUUGACACAGAAGAUCUUGAACGACAAUCCUGAUCUCGAGAGAACCUGGACAUCUCUUAUUCCUCAGGGGCGCAUGGGACUACCUCAAGAUUUGAUGGGACCUGUGACCUUUUUGCUGUCAGAUGCGUCUUCUUACAUGACUGGAGCAGAUCUUCGAGUAGAUGGUGGAUAUACGGUGACCUAG